GAAGAAGUGUUUAUACUACAUGAAAAUUACAUCCACUCUAAACGAGGGACAUCUUCAUCCAGAGGUAAAUAAGUUUAUUAAGAUUCAUCAAAACCUCCACGACCACAUAUUAUAUUAUACAUGAUAUAGGGGUGUAAGAGGAAUACGGCUAAAAACUAAUGAGCCCAUAAGGAGACUAUAGCAAUAGGUACCUAUCUCUGCGUGUUCCAGAAAGCAAAAAUCUAGGCAUAAAUUAGCCAGUACCAAGGACAAAGUUAUACUUUGUAUAAUUAAUGUGACAAAUAAGUAAACCACUUGUCAUCUAAAACAUCACUUUGAAUCUCGUUAGCCCACGUUUAUAACGUGCGUGUCUUAAAAUAGACCUUAACUUCAGCUCAGAGGGUAUAAAUAGAAAGAAUUGCGAAAAGGAUUAAUCAUUACUUCCAAAGUAAUUGCUUCAGUUAGAAGCAAUUUCCUCUCUCCAAAAAAAGUAACCCUUAUAUUAAGUUUUCAAUUUUCAAUUAAAUUAAAAAACUUAAAAUUCAAUAACAUGGCAAAGAGUGUAUCUGGUGUGACUAAAGUUAGCUUAAUGGUGUUGGUUGUAAUUUGUAUAACCUUGUUGCAAGAUACUUUGGCUGAACAGAAAGUAUGUGGUUCGGCAAUUGAUGAUGUCUUGCGCUUAAUGUGUCCAUAUGGAACCAAACCUCAUGACACAAAACGUAAUUCAAUGCUUGAGGAAAGCUUUGAGGACAACAACAACGAAGAUAAUUUCGCCUUCAGCUUUGACAUGAUUCCACAUUGGGCACGAAUGGAGGCUAAUAGCUUGGCCAAACUUCGCAGAAGGCGAGAGGGAAUCUAUCAUGAGUGCUGCUUGAAAUCCUGUACUAAUGCUGAACUUUUGACUUAUUGUCUAGACUAGUCUACAGUAGAACUUUUACUUUAAGAAAACUAUUUGAAAAUAUUCUAAGGCUUGUGAAUUAUUAUUUAUUUUAAUAAAAAGAAAAUAUUUUAUUGCAUUAUA